CUGCGGCAAGAGUACACUUGGUCUAAGGGGAGGAGGGGACUUUGUAAACUGCGAAAAAUGCAUGUAACACUGUAACAGAGGUGGGUUGCAGCAGAACACUGUCGUCUAGGAGACCGCAGACUGCUGCCCGUUUGCCCUAAGCAGCUGCGCUAGCAGAAAGGUAUAAAACAAACCGGACAUUUGUUUAUGAUGCACCGUAAAGGCUAUGCUGAUUAAAAAUACUAAUUACAUGUUAGCCUUGGUUUGGCUUUCCUCAUUAUUAUCCGCGUGAUACAAAAAUAUACCAUCUGUGCUAACAAGGGUGCGACUUCUCUUCUUACCCCUUUUGAUCUGGCAUUAUUAUAGUAAAGGAAAUAAAAAAUAAUGCAUCUGGAUUUAAAUAGCAUUAUGAGGCUCCCUGUAGCUGUUUCGAUGAAGACAGACUGCACAUUGCCUUCGUCAUAGCUUUACUUCUGCUUGCAGAGUUGAGUUCAUUACAGACGUCUUGGUCUACUAAAGAGUCAGCAGCCCUGAAUCAUUCAGCCUCAUCCAGUAGGUCUCUGGCUGUGCCUGCUCUCCUUGACUGCAUCUCAGCAGUAGAAGGCAUGGUUUAAAGCAAAAUGGAAAAAAAGUUCAGGCUGAUGAUGCUCUAAUUAAGAACAAUGCAACUUUCUGUUUGUUACAGUUUCACUAAAGGUGAGAUGACGACAACAGAUGAUUUUGUAAGUUAAUGGUGAAAAUAUUUUCUGAGGUACCACAUGUAUGAGUUUUGAAAUAAGUGUCACACAAAAUCAGAUUAGUAACACAUUCUAAAUUCAUUGGUGUAAAUGGCUGAGGGUACAGUAAAAACCAAAGUUGAAGAAAAUGGAAUGUUUGCCUGUCGGAAGUGCUCUGCAGUGUUUUCCAGACUAUGGGAUUUGCGUUACCAUAUGCGUUCACAUCCAGAGGGUCGGGGCUAUGCAUGUAAGAUAUGUACCAAGGCUUUCUUUCGGUCCUCUGCCCUCCUGCGACAUGAAAUGACACACAGUGGUGAAAAGCCAUACAAGUGCCUGGAAUGUGGAAAAAGCUUUGCACAGUCAAUACAGCUUGACAACCAUACUCGCUCACACACGGGAGAGCGCCCAUUUGUCUGCCUGCAGUGUGGCAAAGCUUUCAUGUCUUCCUCACACCUUGCCCAACAUAAGAGGAUUCACUGGGCAGAGAGAAAGCAUGUCUGUUCCCUCUGUGGGAAAACCUUUCUACGACCAUGGGAUGUGGUUCAACAUCAGCGCUUCCACACAGGUGAACGUAACUUUCGGUGUGACGACUGUGGGAAGAACUUCUUCCGAUCUUCUGACCUUCUGCGUCAUCAGCGUAUCCACACAGGUGAAAAGCCCUUCCGAUGUGAUGUAUGUGGCAAGAACUUCUCUCGGUCAUCAGUGUUGGCAAAACACACAAGAACACAUACCGGAGAGAGGCCUUAUAAAUGUGAGCUGUGUGAGAAAGCUUAUAUUACUUCAUCACAGCUAACAGAACAUCGACGGGUACACACAGGAGAAAAGCCAUAUCUUUGUUCUGAGUGUGGUAAAACAUUUACAUAUUCAUUCCUUCUCAGGCGUCAUCUUAAGAUACACACAGGUGAAAGACCUUACCCAUGCGUCAUUUGUGGUAAAGCAUUUAAGACGUCUGGCCAUCUCCACAAACACCAUCAAAUUCACAUUAAAAAGGAAAAUGCUGUUGACUCUGAAAGCUCUGUAAUGCCCCCAAGUUCCUCAAAGCUAAAACAAUAUCGUGGCAACCAUGUAACUGAGCGUAAAAACAUGGUAAAACGAAUAAUUACUGAAGAUGUUUUCAGUCAACAUUUGCUUAAUUCCAGCUCUGGUCAGGACCCUGAAUUUUGACUACUUCACAGCUGUGACAUUCAGUUUAUUAAAAAUCUAAAUUAUGAUUGGCUAAUGCCAUGCCUGGAGUAGAUGACUGCAGCCCCUGCAUUGUUCAUUUAUUUGUUUAUUUAUUUAUUUAUUUGCUAUGUGCACAGUAAAGCUGACUUUUUUUUUAAAUUAUAACCAUAUACUUAGAUUGGUCUUGGGAAUUUACAUUGCUCUGUUGCCAUUUGCCGUAUGUAGGAUGGUAACCAUAAAACUGACUACUUUGCCCUAGUAGUCCUUACUCGCUAUUCUCCAUCCUUGCCUUCUUGCUUUUGCAUUUUCAUCCAUAGUGCUUUUUUUUUUAAAUAGCUAGCACGUAAAAGGUCUGUUGCCAUUUUAAACGUUUGCAGGGGCUUCACACCAAAAGGCAGCAGUGCUUUACUGCUUCUGAACUUUGUAUGAGUCACCUAGUAUAUCUAAUCCUGAGUUUGUAUUUCUAUGUUUAAGUUGGACAAAGCAGUGUAGCAUUGCUUUAGAGUCUGUCAUGCCUGUGCUCUGAUCUUUGGGUUGUGACAUCCAGUGCUGGUGACUUUCCCCGGCUUAUGGCAGUCUACUUUAAUUUGCCAAGCUGCUCGGGAUUGCAUCCCAACUUUAUAUUUCCUUGGUUAGAGUGGGACCAGUGGUAGAGCUACUGGGUGGAACCAAGGGGGCUCACAUUCUGGGAAGUCAAAUGGAAGUUGAAGUAAAACAGGGAAAUGAUCCUUAACAAAGUGUAUCACACAGCUUUCACAUAGCUGAUUGAGUAAUAUGUAUUAUUCCAAUCACCCUGUUGUCCUUUAUCAGUAGUGUUGAGUGCUUCCCAGUAAGGAAUAUUGCUUAGAGAUUUUAUGGUCAUUCGGAGCCUGAUGUUAAUAUGUCUGUAAUAAGUUAUGUAAAUAUGAGGGGUAUUUAUAUGGAAUGUCACUGCGCAGUCUAUGAUGAUGUUUUUCCGUGUUAAAAAUGUGAAAGUGGAAGUUAUAUAAUAAGGAUGAAACUGAAUUUUUUUCUGUAAAACAAUGACUGCAGUGUUCUGUAAAUGCUAGCUACCUUGGUAGUGCAGUGUUAUGGUACUUCAGAAAAAUAAUAUGCCUAUUACGGAUGCUAAUGUCAGCACGUUUUUAUUACUGUUUUAGUCUGCCAAUAAUUGUGAUACUAAGCGUGGAAGGGGUCAUGAGUUUUGACUGCUAUCUAGCUAUGUUUAUACCUCAAGAGUAUUUGAAAGCUUAUUUUAGAGCUUCUAAUGGAGAACCUUGACUUCUUCAUUAAGCAACACUGAACCUGAGCAACACUGUUAAUAACUGGCCUAUCUUUCUCCAAAUUACUUUUAUCAAAUGGAGGUGCACCAUUUUUAUGUUUGACUGGUUUUCUUUGCUUAUAAUCUACUACAUUUAUGGAUCUCAUUCAAGGUCAUGUGGGCAAGAAAAAAGUCCACAGUGGCAUUGGAACCUGUGCUUCCUUGUUACAGUUAUGACUCUGCUGUUAUACCUACAUGUUUGUAUUGCCAUGGAAUUCAUUGUUUGAAGUGUAUUUUUAUUUAAGUAUAUGCUUAUUGUUUUGUUACUGCAUUUUUUUCUGUAACAAAGGAGAGCAGCCUGUAAGCAUGACUGCUUGUUUUGGGAUUAGUAGAUGAACAUUUUUCGAUUAUUUGUUUUACUGUGAAUCACAUAGUACGCAUCUGGAAAUUUUGAGACUCGUAGUAUUAAUUCGAGGGCAAGAGGUACUUAUAUCAUUUUGGGUUCCAGCUCUAAUUAUGCUGGAUUAAUGUGGUUAAGUAAUUAAAUAUUAGUCAUGUAAAUGGCAAACUUUUAAAUUGACAGUUUGGAAAAAAAGUAAGUUUUUUUUGCAAACUGUUAAUUUAACAGCUUGUCAGUUGCAUAACUAAUACAAAAUUACUUAUCCAUGCAAAUCCAGUAUAAUUAGUGAUGUACAGGACACACUUUACUCACAGUUUUAUUAUCUUGCCAGCAUAGUGAAGUUAGUUAUAUCGUACAUUGCACUGAUCACUAACAAGAUGUUUUACACUGUUUUCAGAAUGUUAUUUUCUGUGGUGGACAAGCUUCCAUACCUUGUGUACCCUCGUAUUAAUUGUAACACGCCACAUUUCAGGGCAUGGCACAGUCCUAGAUGGCACUGUCCUGAUUUGGACAACACGACUUUCAGCUAAACACACAUUAUCAAGCACUUUGUUGUUGCUGUGCUGUCCACAGACUGAUGGCAUUGCUAACCCAUUGAUAGUACUGUCUUCCCCUCUGCCGCUUCGUCAGGAAGAUGACUUUGAUGUUUAAUGUUGAAAACUUCCAUGGGCUUGUAUGUUCUGUUGCCAGUUAUCUUGACUGAAGUCUUCCAUAGAAUGUUUUUCGCUUUUUUCAAUGUAAAAGUCAGCUUGUUUCAGCUCUACAGAUGUAAAAUUCACACUACAACAAAGAACUCUUGACUACAGAAGUGCA